AAAUUCCCGGCCCUUUCUAAGCAAGCCACUUCGCCUACAGCCUGGAUCCUGUUGUUCUGUCAAGCCUAGCAGACCCGUCUUUUAACAGCCUUGAUAUUCAGAAUGCCUAAACAACUCGAAAAUGACAAGUACACUGACAUGUUUGUAUAGUAAAAUGUUCAUCGGCGGUCUCAACUGGGAAACCACCGAUCAAUCACUGCGGGAUUACUUCUCACAGUUCGGUGAAGUCGUUGAAUGCACAGUCAUGAGAGACAGCAGCACCGGCCGGUCGCGAGGAUUUGGUUUCCUGACGUUUAAGGACGCCAAGACAGUCAACAUCGUCAUGGUCAAGGAGCAUUUCCUUGAUGGGAAGAUCAUCGACCCCAAACGCGCCAUUCCCCGAGACGAACAAGAGAAGACCAGUAAGAUCUUCGUCGGAGGUGUCAGCCAGGAAACCACCGAUCAGGAAUUCAAGGAAUACUUUGCACAAUUCGGCCGCGUUGUGGACGCGACUCUCAUGAUGGACAAAGAUACCGGCCGGCCACGAGGAUUUGGGUUCGUUACGUUUGAAAACGAAGCAGGCGUCGAUGCUUGUAUCAACGUGCCAUUAGAAAUCCACGGAAAACCUAUCGAGGUCAAGAAGGCCCAGCCUCGAGGCAACCUUCGAGAAGAAGAAGAGGCUUCACGACGCGGCAAGUUCAGAAAGGACGGCGACCAGUCAAGUCAGGGCUCCAUGGGCCAACAGAUGGGCAACAACGGCAUGACACCCCAAGUCAUGGCCCAAUAUUUUCAACGCAUGCAACAGUACUUCGCUAUGAUGCAGUCACAAAUGGCCAUGAGCCGAGGAAUGCCCAUGAACCCAGCCAUGUGGCAGAACAUGAUGCAGAUGCAACAAAUGCAACAACAGAUGAUGGGUCGAGGAGGCGGUGGUGCCAAUGCUCAGAACAUGAUGCAGAACAUGAACCCACAGAUGAUGCAGCAGAUGCAACAAAUGCAGCAGCAGAUGAUGCAACAGCAGGGCCAGCAAGGUGGUCAAGAUGCUGCUUCCGGUAGUGCUAGUCCCACUGCCUCUGCCAGCGGCGGCGGUGGUCGAGGAUAUGAUAACAACAACUACAACCAAUACCAACAAACUCAAGGGGGUCGUCGUGGAGGUCGUGGAGGCUACGGUGGUCAUGGAGGUCAUGGAGGUUAUGGUAUGGGUGGCGGAGGCGGAGCCCCUACUUCGUGGGAGGGCAUGUAUGACGAUGUCCCUCAGCCAAAUUCCAACCAAGGCUCAGGUGGCUUCAACCGUGCUGGCAGUGCCAGUGGGAACUCUGACCCCCAACAUGCACCACCCGCCAACGCGCCAACGGGGCCCAAAAAUGCUGGUAAACCUGGAGCUAAUUAUCGUGGUGGAGGACGAGGUGGAAACCGCGGCUUUCACCCUUACUCACGAUAAAGACAUCACACCAGAUUUUACCCUUAGCACGGAAGGUUUGGAAGACUU